AGACAGCAGCACAGUUGCCACAGUGUCCAACGACGUGCACGAAACAUUGCAUGAGCGCGCGUUUGAAUUAUAUCAUCUUUUACUGAUCACCUGCGUCUUUAAAUUUUUCUCCUCUUGAUAGAUCAACAUCUUCUUACUCGUCUCAAGAAAUUUCCCUCUAUACAUCCGGCUUGCAGAUGCCUCCACGGAAAAAAGCGAAGAUUGAAAGUGCUGCUGAGAAAGCAGGUCAGCCAGAUAAACAAGCAUCAAGGAAUACGCAAGAAACGGAUGAAGUGGUUCACUGGCUGCUGAAAUCUGAACCAGAAAGUCGGAUAGAAAAUGGUAUAGACAUGAAGAAAUAUGUUACACUGCUAGAUAAAGUCCUCAUCAGGAAUAUCCAAUUGCCCUUGUCUUUGUUCAGCAUUGAUGACCUAGUUGAGUGCCCUGACAGGACAUCAUGCUGGGAUGGAGUGAGAAACUAUCAGGCACGGAACAUCUUACGGGACCAGAUGAAGGUCGGCCACCAGUGCUUCUUCUACCACAGCAAUUGCAAGACUCCUGGAAUAGUUGGCAUUGUCGAGGUUGUCAAGGAGGGUUACCCCGACCACACACAGUUUGACAAGAAGGGUAAUCACUAUGACAGACUCAGCACCACUGAAAAACCGAGGUGGUUCAUGGUCGACGUAAAGUUUGUCCGCAAACUGGACCGCCAGAUCACUUUGGCUGAACUGAAGACACUUCACGAGAAACAUAAGUCUCAAAGUCCCAAGGGUCCUUUGGCAAACAUGGCUCUAGUUGCGAGAUCACGUCUUUCAGUGCAACCAGUCAGGAAAGAAGAAUGGGACUUCAUCCUUAGCCUUGAGAAGUCUUCACCAUAGUAGCCUUUGGUAAAUUGGAUGAAGUUAACAACACUCAUCUUCACACAAAAUAGCAGGUGGUAGCUGUCACCCGUCAGUGGUUGUUUCUGCUUAUGACAUCUUAGCAGCAUGACAGUGUUUUAAUAAACAUAUUCAAAAAUGUUUGA